AUGAGUAGACCUAAUCAAGCUAUUGAACAAGAAGAUGAAACAAAACCCCUUUGGAGAUAUUUUACAAAGAUAAGAAAAACUCCUGGUGGUGGAAAUUAUAUGGUCAACUGUACUUUGUGUGAUUUUGAAUUUAAUGGAUCUUACACUCGAGUGAGAGCUCAUCUCUUAAAAAUUAAGGGAGAAGGGGUUAGAGUUUGUCCAAAAGUGAAUCCGACAAAACUUGCUGAGCUUAAAAGAUUGGAUAAUGAAGCAACUUUGAAAAUUGAAAAUUCAAAGAAGAAAAAGGUCUCUCUACGACCUGUAUCUGAGGAAAGAAAGCAGACAAGCAGUGGUGGUGUUCACCAAAAACUCAAGGGUCCUCUAGAAGCUUCUUUCAACAUUCAAGCUAGAGAUGCUCUUGAUUGUGAAAUUGCAAGGAUGUUUUAUUCUUCAGGAUUACCAUUUCAUCUCGCAAGAAGUCCUUAUUAUAGGAGUGCCUUUUCUUACGCUGCCAAUACUUCUAACCUUAGUGGAUAUGUACCACCAUCAUAUAAUAAAUUGAGAGGUCCACUGCUUAAUAAAGAAAGAGCUCAUGUAGAAAAUCUUCUGCAACCUAUAAAGAAUUCAUGGAAGCCAAAAGGUGUGACAAUUGUUAGCGAUGGAUGGAGCGACCCUCAAAGAAGACCUCUUAUCAAUUUUAUGGCUAUCAAUGAGAGUGGACCAAUGUUUUUGAAAGCAAUAGAUGGAUCUAGUGAGACAAAAGACAAGGAUUUUAUUGCCAAACACAUGAGAGAUGUAAUUAUGGAAGUUGGACCACAAAACGUGGUACAAAUUAUCACAGACAAUGCAGCAAUAUGUAAGGCAGCAGGUAUGAUCAUAGAAUCAGAAUUUUCUUCAAUAUAUUGGACUCCUUGUGUAGUGCACACCUUGAAUCUUGCAUUGAAAAAUAUUUGUGCAGCAAAAAAUACAAAAAGAAAUAGUGAUCUUUAUGAAGAAUUUUAUUGGAUCUCACAGAUUGCUGAUGAUGCUACAUUUAUUAAAAACUUCAUUAUGGGGCACUCUAUGAGAUUAUCAAUGUUUAAUAACUUCAAUUCAUUGAAGUUUCUUUCUGUUGCUCCAACGAGAUUUGCUUCAACCAUCAUCAUGCUUAAAAGAUUUAGAACCUUGAAAAGAGGACUCCAACAGAUGGUAAUUAGUAAUGAAUGGUCUGAUUACAAAGAGGAUAACGUUGAUAAUGCACGAACAGUCAAAGAAACUUUAUUGAAUGAUAAUUGGUGGAUGAAGGUUGACUACAUACUUGCUUUUCCUGCCCCUAUUUAUGAUGUUAUCAGAAAAACAGAUACAGAUAUGGCUACUCUUCAUUUAGUGUAUGAGAUGUGGGAUUCAAUGAUUGAAGAUGUGAGGAAGAUUAUAUACCAACAUGAAGGAAAGGCACAAGUUGAACAUUCAUCUUUUUUUGAGGCAGUAAACUCAGUAUUAAUUGAUCGUUGGACUAAGAGUAGCACAUCUCUUCAUUGUCUUGCUCAUUCUUUAAAUCCAAGAUAUUAUAGUGAUGAAUGGUUAAAUGAAGAUUCACAAAGAGUUGCCCCACAUGAAGAUGCAGAACUUACUCAUGAAAGGAAAAAAUGUUUUAUGAAGUACUUUGAUGAUGUGGAUGUAAGGAGACAAGCAAAUUUAGAGUUUGCAAACUUUUCAAAUGAAAGAGAAGAUUUUGCAGAUCCCGACGCUAUAAGGGAUAGAACUAAAAUGGAUGCAAAAUCAUGGUGGAUUAUUCAUGGAUCUCAAGCACCAAUACUUCAAAAGAUAGCUCUUAAGCUACUUGGACAACCUUCUUCUUCUUCUUGUUGUGAAAGGAAUUGGAGUACCUACUCUUUUAUACAUUCUUUGAAAAGAAAUAAGAUGACUCCCAAAAGGGCAGAAGAUUUAGUAUUUAUCCAUAGUAAUCUCCGUCUUCUCUCAAGAAACUCCUCAAAGUAUAGAGAAGAGGAAACUAAAUUGUGGGAUAUUGGAGGAGAUGACUUUUCAUUGGAAGACAGCAAAAUUCUUCAGAUUGCUAGUCUAUCUCUUGAUGAACAAGAAUUAGAAGAAGCAUUUUUCAAUGAAAAUGAACAAAUGAGAAGCAAACAUGAGAAGGCCCUCAAAUAUCCAUAUACACCAAUUCUAAAGGAUGACUGCAUUUGGUUUGAGACAUAUCAAAAGAUGCAUAACCCAUAUGUGCAUGCCAAAUGGGAACAAGAUCAGAGUUCACAGAGGCAGUAG